CUUCUUUUCAGUUUGCUAUAAGCUGGCUGCUAUUCUUAGCUCAUCUAGAGCAUUUUGCAAAUGGAUUAUUUAGCAGAAGGAAUUAUGUUGUUUAUCUAUAUGAAAUUAUUAGAAGAAAGGGAUCAGAUGAUAGGUUGCUUCAUCAAUCUAGGUUAUUUUAAUGUGCUGAUUCUUGAUGGGAACUUGGAAGAAGUGGAAAUGCACCUCUUGUAUUUUUCAACAAAUAAGUGGCAAUGACCUUUCCAAGCAGAUCUAUAGGCCAUAAUCGAAUCUAUUUGCACAAGUCCUGAGAAGCAAUGGAGUAAGUUUAAAAUGGGUUGAUCUUUCAGACUGUAACUUCAUGUAUUUAUAUAUCAUUUGUAAAUGUCUGCUGAUUUAACUAACACCCCACAGUAUGCUACCGAGAACUCAAGGAGGCUUGAAUCCUCAUUACCUGCAAAGACGCCAGACCAUCUAAGGCUUCAUUUUGGUUCCAUCGACACAAUUCACGAUCAGGCAAUGGAUUCGUCUUGGAAGGACUUCCAAACCCUGCAAUUUAUAAAGGAGAGACAAUUCAAAGGGUCUGCUCACAACAGGUCGGAGUGUGAAUCGAGUUGCUACUUCGACCUAGAUUAUUUUUCAGGGCUCAUUCUUGACGGGAACUGGGAAAAAGUGGAAAUGUAUCUUUUGCGUUUCCUAGAAAAUGGUGACAGUGAGCUCUCCAGGCCGAUCCUUAAUCUAAUACGUAUGCUUAAGCACUGCCAAGAUUUGAAGGAGACAUCAAAAGAGGAACUUGACGAGAUUCAAGCUGCGCGACUGAAACUGGUCAAUUACAUGAAAGAUGCUUUGCCUCGAAUCCUUAUAUCGCAAAGCUCGAGCUGGCAGCAUUCAGGGUGUCCUGAUCCAGCACCUCAGCCUCCUGAACAUAGAUGCAUUGGUGGCCAGGUUUCACAGAUAACUCCGAAUAUGCAAGAUUCUGGAUCUGAAUCAGCUCCACCCCAACGACGGACUACUCGUACAGCACAGAUAAGCUUAGGUGCUGUUACCAGGACGAUUCCCUCUAAUGAUCCAGUUGCAAUAAAUUAUUCUAAUACUGGACAAAGUGCUACUGAAGUGCAAAGGGCUAGGAGAGGAUUUCCUACAUCAGUUGCACAAACACUUGAUCAGAGUUCAUCUAUAACAACCAUGGAUUUUAAUCCUGUUCAUUCAACAAUACUUUUAGUUGGAACUCUUGUGGGAGAUAUAGCUUUGUGGGAAGUGGAUUCUGGGAAGGUGGCCCUACGACCUCCUCAGCCGUGGGACACUGAAUCACUUUCACCAGAAUUAUUGUUAGCAUUUGAAGAAGCUUCAAUCUCAGUAUGUCGUGUAAGAUGGAACCAGGAUGGAACUUUAUUUGGAGUUGCAUACUCAAAGCACAUUAUUCAGCUCUAUUCCUGUCCUGGUACUGGGAAAAUUGUGCGACAUAAAGAGAUUAAUGCUCAUAUUGGCAGUGUAUAUGAUCUCGUCUUUGCUGGUAAACUAUUAUUCACUUGUGGCAGUGACAUAUUAAUCAAGGUUUGGGAUCUGGCUGCUAAUUGUCAGCUAGUAUGGGUUAUUCAAGGCUGUCCUGCGUACUCUCUGUGUCCUGUUGUUCGUGGUGACACUCGUUUUCUCAUAUCACAUUCAUUUGACGGGCAACUGAAGGUAUGGAGCCAGCACAGAGCAAGUCCAGCAUGUUUAUUUCGUAGUUGGAAGUGCACUACAAAGUCUUAUAUUCCAGAUAGUAAACGGCUUUUCACUUCUGGCACUGAUGAACAUGGCAAGGCAUACAUUGUUGAAUGGCAAGUUAGGAAUGGUGAAAGAAAAGUCAAGAGGUCUUUUCGGGGACUUAAUGAAUACAGCGGACAUUUGCAUUUUGAUUUGAACAAGAACAGUAUCUUGGCUGCUGGAUAUAAUCACCAAAUAAAAUUUUGGGAUAUCGAUAAUGGGAAUCCUUUAGGUGUAUCUAUUGCUGAUGGGAACCUACCUGAUGUACCUUUAAUCAAGUUCAACAAGGAUGGAAGUCUAUUGGCUGUGACGGCAAAGAAUAAUAGAAUUAACAUCUUAGCAUCCAGAGAUGGUAUGCAACUGUUGGAAACUCGUAAAGUUCCUCACCGUGCUGCCUCUGAAAUUACAGCUAAUACUUCAUCCAAGAGACCAGUUCACGAAAUUUGUGAUGAGAUUUCUCCCUAUCCGUUUGCACUCAUUCCAGCAAAUGACGAUAUAAUGAACAACAAUGGAGUAGAAACGGGAUGGCAGUACAGUGGAGGAGAUUAAUCACUGAUACUGUUCUUUAAGUGGUGCUUAGUGUUAGACCCUUCCAAAAAAAAUGUUGUGCUUUUUUGUUUUGGGAGCUAGCUUGACAAUUGUGAUUUUGUGAUGUUGUCCAUGGAUUAUUCCAUCAGGCUUAAACAGUGCUCAGACUCAUAACGUGUAAUACACAAUCUCAGCAGAUCAUCCACUGUUAGUUCUAACAUUGAACUAUUGAGAACUGUGGGAUAAGGAAAAAAGGAGGGUACCAAGCAUACGAAAAUUUGAUGGAAUUAAAGGGUGGGAGAGCUCGGCCUUGAUUCAAAAGACAAUGAUCAGCCACUUUCUUGAAAAGUCUAGGAUCUACCGG